GGACCACACCAGUUAUUUUACACCGGUGUUAAAUUGACAGUGUUAGUUUAACACCUAUAGGUGUUAUUGCAACACCUUCGGCUGUUAAAUUUGCACUCUUUGGUGUUAUGUUCAAUCUCUAGGGUGUGGUCCUCUAUUAACACCAACUGGAGUCGGUUAAACACCACAGUUUUUACAGUGCACCUGUCUUAAUAAAUCUUUUCCAUUCAUUAUACCAUCCUGUAUUUCAAUUAAUGCAAGAAAGGACAACGAGCGAGAAAAAAGGUUAUGUUGACCAAGUUGUUAAAUAGGCCUAAAUCUGUAAAUAUGCGCUUUCAGAAGCUGCCACUUUUUUCGCCAUUACGUUUAAUCCAAAUAUUGCAUACGCUUUGAUUAAAGACUAACUUUGGGAUUCCCAAUAUAUCCCAUAAUAGUUUCAGAAUUUUACUGCCGGUAUUAUUGUCGCCUCUUUUUCACUCACUAAUAGCUUGAUACCUUCAGCUGUAUUGCAAUGGAAUAUUUGGAAACAAAACCAACAAGAACUAACAUAAGAAAGUAACGUUAUACUGCACGUGUGGUAAUAGAUCAUUUAUGGAAGUCUGUUACAUGAUCGUCAUCAGCCGAAAUGUCUAGACAGUAUUUCGGGAACAUUGAUUCACAAAAUACCGCAACGAAUGAGAUACUAAAAUCUUCGAAACUGAUCAACGAUUUGGUUAAGCUUGGGGUGCCAACAAAUGUGGCAUUGGAGUUCUUAGAGAAUUCGGACACACAGCAUCUCUAUGCAUAUACUCAAGAUCUAAAAUCUAUUGAACGGAUCAUAACACACCUGGAAAGCGUUGGACUAUAUACAAGGAAUAUGGAUGGUCGACCACGUCUAUCUCUUCCUCCUUCGUCUGGAAAAAAUGUUCAUGGCACCAGUCAAAGAUCAGUGGAACCAAUCGAAAUGUGUCGGGAACAGUUACAACAACAAUACACGAAAUGCAGCAAUGCAUUAAAAAUAACACUCCCCCCUUCUACUGAAACCAAAAUUUAUAGUGUAGAAAAUCUUCAUGUCCCAGUAGUUCUAAAAAAGAGUGAAAUCUCCCCAGAUCUUCCGCGGAUGCCGGAGAUAGAGGCCGAAGACCUCUUUAAGAGUACUCACUUCAACAAGAAUAGAAUUCUUUUCUUUGGUCCAUCUGGCGUUGGAAAAACAACCGAAAUCAAGAUGUGGCUAUUCCAAUGGUGUCAAAAGAAAGGUCCUCUGAAGAAUUUCAGCCUUGUUUUUUACAUUGAUGGGGUGAAAGUUGAAAUUGGAACGAGUCUCGGCCAAGCGAUCAAAGACCAAUGUUUACCAGCUUACUCCCGUUUCACUUCAGAGGAUAUCGAGAACAUGUGCAAAGAAUGCCCUGAUGGGAUAUUAGUUAUCCUUGACCACUACACAAAAUGGAAAAGAAAUGUUCAGCCGUCGUGUCAGCAAAAUACUAGCUCCCUCGAAGAUAUGGUUCUUCUUCGAGAAUUUCCAGAUCUAACCAUGUUGGUUGCCACGAAAUCCGGUGGGUUCGGGGAUUUCCGUGAAGUGUAUGGAAAUUAUGACCAUGUGAAAGUGGAGGGGAUAAGUAAAACCUCAGUUGGCACCUACAUUGGGAAGGUGUUCGACAUAAGAAAAGACUUUGGGUUAAAGGUAAAGGAAUAUAUUGAGGACACCGAAUUGCUGCGUGACAUGGUGGCGUCACCAGUGCUCCUAUGCAUAAUGUGCCAGCUCCUGAAAUGGAAUGAUAACCCUGCAUUACUUGGUGAGCUAAAAACUAGUUCAGCAUUAAUAGACAAGUUCAUCGAUUGCAUCAUGAGGCAUGCAGAUCCAUCUCUGAAUACCGAACCAAUCGAACAUUCAGUCUCAAGUCCAGGCUCGCUGAGAAGCAACAUGAGUUUCGAGACUGGGUCGAGGCCUACACUCUCGAAAGACCAAACGUUGGCGCAUUUGUCAGUCGUAGCAUUCAAUUGCUAUUUGAAGGAUGGUCAGCAAGAAGAAUUUCACUUGUGUGAAAGCGACUUUGACGUUUGCGGGGACGUAAAAACAGAAGUAAUUACAGAUGGAAUUCGUAAAGGACUCUUGGUGAAAUCUGGUCAGGAGGAAAUAAUUCCUUCGACUCAUGUAGCAUGUGAAGGAAAAAUCUAUAGCUUCCUUAAUGGGCCAUUUCAGCAGAGGCUUGCGGCUAAACACUUCUCCAAACUCCUCCUUGGAAACGACGAAGAUAAACAAUCAUUUCACACAAGUCUCCAGAAGAUAAGGUCCAUGGAGGAGGCACUUUCUCUCAGAAAUUUGAUGCAGUUUUCUUGUGGAGAAUCUGUCGAUGCAGCAAGCACUAUCGUAGGCCAUAUGGUUGAGCUUACCUUGGCCUUCGCAGAAGAUGUUGGCCUACAUGCAAACGAAGGGGAACAAAUCCUUUGGCGUGCCGAUCAUGGGCUGUACCAGUAUAUGGUCGAGUUCAUUCUUGCAUUGAACUAUGAAUCAAGAAGUAAUGGUCGCCUUAAUGAUGUCCUGCAUCCAUUGGUGAAAAGGCUAGAGAUCCUGUCCCCAUCGGACAUCCUGACCAGAUCUCUUGCCUACUUCUUAGAACACGCUGUAGAUCCUCGUGCACCGCCAACUGACGAAUUCAAGAUAGAAGUUUUGGACGUCCCACGUAGGAUACAAGACAGUCUUCCCAAAAAGAACAAUGUCAACUACAAAUAUGAAGAAACCGCCCCUGUUUCAAUACAGAUUGAAGAUUCAUCUCCUGCUGGAGGUUCUUUCCAACCACCUCUGACGCAAACCAGCAUUAGGAAAUUGAGCAUCAAAGUCAAGGGGAAAAUGACGGCAAGAGACAGAAAACCCUGUGCUUUAGCAGCAAAGUUCAAGCCAGCAGAACCAGUUACGGGACCAGUUAUCAUAGAAGACACAGCAUAUCCUUUUCCCGACAUUUCACCCCCUGAAGAUGCAACUGAAUCUGAGACGACUCUGUCUUUCAGUGUCCAACAUACUCGUACCAUUGCAAAAGAAAUCAAAGAAAUUGAUGGAUCCAAAUACAAAGUAUUUACCUCAGACCAGAUUUCUUCUGGAGGAUACGGGGAAGUGUACGAGGGACGUUGGGAUGGCAGUAAGCUUAAGGUGGCCGUGAAAAGGGUAAAAUGUGUUGAAGAUAGCAUCGAAUCGGAUCUUGUAAAGGAGAUCAAGAUGAAUGCACUGGUCGAUCAUCCCAACAUUGUUAAGCUGCAUGCUUACUCGAAGUUUAAACAAGGAAUACGAACCGAAUACUUAUGCUUCGAUCUUAUUCUUGAGCUCAUCGAAGGCUCCACGCUAAAGGACGCUAUAUUCGGAAAAAAGCGGAAAAAUCUGGAUUCGUUUCAUGGGAAACUGACCGUUGCCCGUAAGGUGUCUGAUGCAAUCUCACACAUCCACUCCAAGAAAUUCACCCAUUCGGACAUUAAGUCUGAUAAUGUAUUGAUUCGGGAGAAAGACAACGAACCAUUCCUUUGUGAUCUAGGAUUGGCCCACGGACUCACCCAUUCAGCCAUAACAGAUCUCACUUCUGGUGUGCGAGGAGGGGUUAACAAGUGGUGCCCGCCGGAGUCUUGUGAGGAGGAUUACAAAGCCACACCCGAAGGAGAUAUCUGGUCUCUGGCCUGCUUGUUCCUAGAGCUGUUCACAGGGCAUCAUGUGUGGGAGGACGGUAAAGGUAAAGAACUAUCAGAAAAGCAAACCAUCAUUCGAUUGUGUGGAAACGAUUUCGUACCCGACACCGUCUCCAGACUCGACAACCAAAUGAUCCGGGACGCCCUCAUGAGCUGCUUCGCCCGAGAUCCAAAGAAACGCCCUUCGGCUAAGGAUCUAACCGAGACUUUUGAUGAGGUCCUGUCGACGGUUUCAGAAUAACUGAUAAACUUUGAAUAGUAUGGUUUGUAAUCCGACACAGAUAAAUCUCUUCGGUCUAGAUAAACAAUUCACGAAUGAAAUAAUCUGGUUAUCUAUAAUGCGCUUAAGACAUUUCGGAGGGUUUACAUAUCUAGAUUUCCAUGUCAACGGACUCAGUCAUUCCUUGCCACAAUGUUUGCGCAUUUUCCAUUCCCAAGGGAGUAUUCCAGCCAGUCGCCAGUGAGGCGCACAUAAUGUUGUACAAUGACGUUCGCUUCCUGUCGGGUGACUGUUGAGCUCCUGGGUUGAUAUGGGCACUGUGUGGAUGAUUUAACUUAUCAUUUAAUGUCAUUUUUGUUUUGGCAAUAAAUGAUCUUUUUAAAGCCCUCGUCUAAUACAAAUUCAUCUGCAAAGGUUUAAGCAGUUGAAAAGCCACCUAUUUUUCUUCCUUUAUUUUAUAAUGGAAAUUACAUCAAAUUGGCACAAUCAUACAUCGUAUACCUUGUUUUAGAUGAAUUAUUUCUUAUAAGGGCUAGAUACAAGUAUAUAAUCUCGCAUAUCUUGAUGUAAUUUUAUAUUUUCUGUGUGCAUAGUGUAUAAAUAUAACAUUGUGUGUUGGGGUUUUUCAGCUGGUAUCAAAGGGAAGUGAACUGUAUGAAUUAUUAAGAGCUAGAUACCAGUCUCUAAUUUCGCAUAUCUUGAUGUAAUUAUAUAUUUUCUGUGUGUAUAGUGAAUAAAUAUAUCAUUGUGUAUUGGGGUUUUUCAGCUGGUAUUGAAGGGAAAUGAACUCAACAAAGUGCUCAGCUGUGUUUAUACAAUUACUGUACAAAAUGACAAUGGGCCUGUCGUGAACUAUUGGAUGAUUAUUGUUGCGCUAUUUACAAAAAAUGUGGAUGCCGUAUAAAAAAACUAUGAUGUCACAUAUUAUUUUGUUUAUCCCUACGAUGUUCAAAUGGGUUGUACUCACUAUGACCACGUGAAAUAACUUUCAUCGUAGCCUAUUAUUUUUUAUCAUUGAAGAAGAACCUCUAAAAUUCUCUCCAUGAAUUGUAUCAAAUGGAAAAGACUGUAAAUAUUGGAUUAUUUUACAUUUUGAUUAUAUAAUUGUUUUACUUCCUAAUU